AGCCAAGUCAAAGCUAAGCAAAAUCCACAAGCGCAUAUGUACAAAACGCAAACGAAGCCUCCUUGGGCCUGUGGUCUCGGUUUCACCUAUGGUUUCACUUUGUGCGAGUGUCGUAGAAGGCGCUCGGUGAAGAUGCCGCGAGCAACCAGCGGUUGUAGCUAGCCUAAGCCUCAGAAUGCUAGGCCCAGCAGCUGCUGUGGCGCUGCUUUGGGCGUGCUUGGUGCAGCCGACGCCGGCGCAGCUGAUCAUCAACGUGCGGAACGCGGGCGGCGACUUACUUCGCGAGCGGCUGCUAGCCAACACCAGCGACGAGACCAUCACUCUCGAAUUCCAAAGGGCUGAUGGCACGCACGUUACCCAGCUGAUCGACUUCCGCAUGGAGGUGCAGGUGUUCCGGGUGGUGGUCCUGGCCGAGGAAGAGCAAGGCCACAGGGAGCCUCAGGUCCUGUGCUUCCUCAUCCGCUUCAACCGCCUGGGCUUCAUCUCGGUUGAUGCCAUGUCCAAGUUGCGGCAGCGCAACCCAUUGGCCGAGCGAGAGCCUGAGGAUGACCGUGGCCGGGAGCUGGUACAGCUAGACCUGAGCGUGGACCUGUCCCGUGCGGGCCUCAUUUCUCCACACGUAGCCGCACUGUGUGCCGAUGCCCCCCAGGCAACCUUUGCUCGACAAGGGGACAUGCAAGCAUGGGCUGCCUCGCCUGCACGCCAAGCAUCCGGCCAGGACCCACUUUUGCUGGCAACUGCUGUGCGUCCGGCACCAGGAGCAACACACGCAGCUGCAGGGCUGCGUUGUGGUGCUCUGCCUCACACUUCGUCGGGUCCAUGUGGCUGCCGUCUGCAGCUGUGCGUUGCCUGGUUUCCAUGUGGCCUCAAGUGGUGCCGUGAUGCCCGCCGAGCUGCCUUCCGCUGUGGCAUUCGCUCUUGCCGCAAGUGCCGAGAAUUUCGUUUUCCUGUGACCAACCGCUUGCAGUGCCUCUGGGAUGAUGCCUCCACUUCCUGAUGGUUGCUGGCUUCGCUUGCCUACCAUGGCAGGCCUUAGAGGCGCAGUGCUGGCGAGCAUGGUCUCUCGAUAGCCACGGCCGAGAUGCAGCUGGCAGAGUUUAACUACUCUGCAGUCGACUCCUGUUAAUUCAAGCUCGACCAUGAGUAUCACAUUUGCAGUGAUAAGUGUCCUGAACUCUCCCUCAGCUCAAUAUGGUGUAGUAGGCAUUGAGCGUGGUCAAAGUCAGCCACCCAGGUCAAUGUGCAGGCACGGCAGUGUUGCCAGGCACACGCAUUAUUUGCAUGGUCCUCGCAAGGUCAACAUAUGGUCAUAAGUCUAAUAUAAGAUGCAUGAAUGAAUAAAUUCUGCGAACAAAACUAUAAUUUAUUAUGUGAGAAUAUGUGCAUAGGCAUAUUUUUAGACUUUUCUAAAAACGUCACAUGAUGCGCAGACAAACAAACUAAUUAAAACCUUGGUAAACAGUUCUGCCAUCUUGCAGUUGUCACAAUUUUUUUCAAAUGUACGUGAAAAUGUACUGGUUGACUUCUUUGUCAAUAUAUUUAUUUCAAAAUGAACAUUUUUAACAAGCUAUGUUGCCAUUGUUCAAUGCGACAUGAAUGUCCUUCAGCAGCUUUUCUUUGGCCAUGGCGUACUAUGCUAUUGUUUUGCCCCAGAAAACUGUGAAAUUAGGAUUAACUGAAAACUCUGUUUAAUCCUAUAAUACCAUGAUAGCAAUGAGCAUAAAAUAUACCAACCAUAUUAUUUUAUUUAUCUUGCCUUUUAUUUUAAGCACAUGGUGGUAUACAGUUGAACCUUGCAAUAACAAAAUCAGUAGGGAACAUGAAAAAAUUUGCCUUUGUGAGAAUUUCGUUGUUGCGAAAUGAGAUUACACAAAUAGGCAAUGCGUCGCAGAAAGAACCUUUGCUGUCAAAAUUCUGUUGGCCUCCCAUGGCAAGCUCUGCUUAAGGAUUUAGUACAGCAUUGCCAGCAGUACAAAGUGCGCCGCAUGCGUCGAUCAGCAGCGGAAGCACUGCCGUGGAGCAGUAUUCUUGGUCAACAAAUAGCUUUCGCAGGCACGGUCACUUUUGUGAAAUUUUGUGUAACUGCGUACCUUGGCACCGGAUGCAGAGCAGCAGCGCUCCACACAUGCAACAGCAUUUCUCCAGCGCACGCUGUUGCCAGUGGGUGCCGACGCACCCGGUGCCAAGCGCAAAAGUGAUCGUAUCAUGUAUACUCGAAUACAAUCUAUCGAGAUUAUGGCCCCUUCCCGCAAAUCUAUCUCUGGUGACAAAUCCGCACCCGAUGCCUGUCGGUUGGCACCAAAACCACUGUUCUUGAAGCAAGGGAUAUGUAUGCCUGGAAGAUCGCUCAAUCACAGCCCGAUGCGUAGCACUCCGUGCUGGUACCGCCAAAAACAAUUCCACGUCAGUGGGACAUGGAUUUCCUUGGUUUCGCUGCAUUUUUCUCACAGAGGCGCACAUUAUGCACUGCACUAGGCGUAAACCAUGAUCACAUGUCAGUAGCAACAUGCGUGCCGCUUUAAACAGGCGAUCAACAGACAAGAUAGUGUCAGUGAUGUGUUUCCAGUGCACGUGAUCGGUUCCAGUGCUUUGCUGAUUUUGUCAACAAAAAGAGUGGCGCCCGUGCAUGUGUAAUGUGGUAGUACUUGAUGCAAUUUUAGUGCAAAGCAAAUGCAUUUGAGCACAUUUUGGAGGCUGCUAGCCUUGCACGAGUAGGUAAUAUGUGGGGUUACAUUCCAGCAAAUUUUGUUGAUGUGAAAUUGUAGUACAGCGACAUUUUUGCUGUCGAGAAGUAUGAAACGCAUUGAAUCCUAUGGGCGCGCGCCGGGGUUACGACAAUAUUCUAUUGUGAGAAUUUUGUUGUCAUGGGUUUUCACUAUAGUAAGUUGAAGAAAGUUGUGGAUGGCGCCACAUAUACAGCCGAAGUUAACUGUGUAUUUACAGAUUGCAACUAUCCUCUUUAUGGAACACAUAAAUCUUACUACUACACUGUGUAGUGCAGAACCUCCCAUCAUCAAUUGGUGGAUAGUUCUCAUACAUUUGCAUGUAAGGUGACAUCGCAAGCCACUUUCUGCAUGCGCCAUAAUCAGAGUUGUGGUGCAUGCACUAUGUGUAGAUCUCUUCAUGAGGCAAAGCAAGUAUUUUGCAUCUACUGGUGUCACAAGCUGCACAGGGGCACAUGAUUUUUUUUUUUUGUAUAAUAAUAGGUAGAGCAUUACGCCUCUAAACUGUGCAGCAUUGGUUUGCAGUGAACCCAUAGCAUGACAACCAAAACGUAGCUAUUUGCUUCAAUUAAACAUGAUGGCAGGCUAUUAGGUUUGAAUUAAUACGAUUCGCCAUAACUUACCUUGGCUGGAAGUUGUCUGACGUUUGGUUUAGCUCCAUGAGUGGCAACAGGAACAAGUCCAUUCGAACUUUUUAGCCGCAUGUGAUGCAGCUGGUGCCUGGAAAGAGUCGCAGGAAUGCAAUCCAAGUCUGGCACAAACAUGGUUCUGUGUCUGUGAAUAAAACUGAUGGAAUCUGAAAAGCAACCUCCGAUAAAAGUUUUGCCAUAUUUUACUUAUCCCCAAAACUGAAUUUUGGGACCAUGCAAGUAAUCUGAUUUUUCCUUUUUCUUUUUUAACAUUCAACAAUGUUUGUGACUUACCAGACAAUAUACCUUCACAAGGACACAUUGAUAACUUUGGCUCCAAAUUCUGCUGACAGAGGUGAUCACUUCAGUAUAAAAUACACAGCAAAAAUUAUGCUUUAUUUCAUCAGUAUUCUUGCACUGUAGCAUGAUUUUCUUAAAGCCCUUCAAUGCUGUAAGAAGGUUUCUAAAAAAAAUUUCUUCAGUGAAAAUAAUCUAAAAAACAAUUUUCCAGAAAGAAAAUAGAACCCUAAGUGCGGUGCAAAGAAUAGCAAAUGACGAAGUGCAAAAAUAAAAGAGAAGGUCACAAUGCGAAGUUUGUCACUCAAAGCUUUUCAUUGCAUUUGAUGUGUCAAAUAAUGCCUUGAAGCAUUAGUGCUGCCAUCUGGCAGUAGGGUCACCAGCCAAUUUUUCAGGCACAGAGGUUGUUAAGAAUGUCUGGAAAGCAAAUUCAUAAGAUCAUUUUUAGGGGUGUUCAGAUGAGGAAAUUACAAAUCAAGUAAAUAUAUAGGAAACACAGGAUUUUGGAAUUCCAUUCAUAUGGGCAGGAUAUAAAUGAGCUAAAAGCCAGAUCACCCCAGUUCCUGGUUGUCUUACAACAGCACUUAAGUGGCCAGUGGACCAUGUUUUAAUAGAACAAGCCGGAGAAAUCUAUUGAGAGUGAAUAGCACAUUUACUACAGCCAAAAACCAACAUUUUCCGUGUAUUCUUCCACACAAUUGCCCAAAAAUGGAUGCACGCUGUAACAGCAGUGAUUACGGCUGAAAAUGUUUGUAAUUACAGAGCACCCAACUUUUGUAGCAAUUUGCAUAGGCCCUUUUCCACGGCAGGCAGCUUCCAAUAUUCUGAACGAGCUGUAUUUAGCCAUUACCAGGUAUGAAAUUCUGAAAUUCAAUACUAUUUCAGUUUAAAAAAAAAGUGUUUUAUUUGUAUUCGUAAUUGCAAAUGCAUGUUUGAGGUAAUUUCAUUGCUUCUCGCCUUCCCAACAAAAUUGUGCCAGCUCAAUUUUUUAUUAUCUUGGUCAUCACAGAUAGCAAGUUGGUGAUAAAAAGCUAUUCAGAUUGCUUCUUUAUUAGCCUUGACUGCCAAAAGAUAUCCGGAAAUUGAAGUGCAUUUUCCAUUACUGAUGCUACAUGGAACUGCAACAUAUCUGAAAUAGUGCAGGGCAUAUUAAAAAAAAAAGUUGUAACAUUGCUUGCCAUCUCAAUUUCUGGUUGUCAUUUUACUUUUGCUGCCUGAAUCAGUUCAUGACUACCUUCUAGCAGUGUACCAAGAGUGACUUUAUCAUGAAAGCCUUUCUCAUGCUGGCAAGUAUGGUAGUGGGGAGAUACUUUGCAUAGUAUGACUUAAGGAAAAAUAUAAACACAGAAUGUCCUAAUUCACACAUUAUGUAUGAGCAGAAGAUGGUACUACAGUUAAAACUCAAUCUAACGAAACCCGAUUUUACGAAGUUCCCUAUCUAACAGAAAUUUCCAUUCCCUGGCAAGUAGUCAUAAGGUUCAGUGUUGUCAUCAACCCAAAUUAGCGAAAGUAGCUUGCAUUAAACUGGAUUUUAAAAAGUUUUCCAGAAAUAAAUGAGUAAAAAAAGGUGUGAUUUUUCUAAUUUUGACAUGGACUGGUUAUUUUUUUUCGAGCGUGUGCUCUAACACUAUUGCAUUAAAACACUUCAGCACCCUAGUCACGGCCUUAGCUUUAUUUUGACGAAACUGCACGCCGCGCCCAUGCAUAGAACAAUGGACUCUAAGGGUAUGUAAGAGUCGCUAGCGUUCUCUUACAUACCAGAUGGUGCUAGGGCGGCAGUAGUUGGGCCCCCCUCGUUGACUUUCUACACACGCAGCUGUGUGUUAGUGGCAAGUACCAUGCUGCAGUACCUUUUGGAUGUCACUAAGUUACAAUUCUAGAUUUCAAAGGACUGAAAAAUCCCUUGAUUUUCCGAACUUUCUGAUUUAACAAAAUAAUUUGAGUGUGGUCAUCACUCAGUUAAAUCUAGUUUCAACUAUAGUUACACACAAGAAAACAUGUAGAUUAACAAAACCUGCUGGUAAUAUUUGGAGACACGGAACAUCUUUGGAAAUUUUCAUGCAGGGUGAAAUGUUCGAGUUACAUAACUUUACGGGAUUGAUUUAUGGCAAAACUACAAAUGAGGACAUUUUUAAUCUCUCUUAUUCCUGUGAAUUUCAUUUUAGGGCAUAUAUCAGUAAAUGGAAAGGUGCUUUUAAUUGUAAAUUUAAAUCAAGUGCCACUUUCAUAUCGUGUCAAGUUUCUUAGACAGUUGUUUUUAGAUCGUACAUUGAUUAAUAUAUGCAGGCUUAUAAAAAUGUAUUAAAAAUAAUGUUCAGUAGACGCCAUUUGCGUGGGCUCUCGGGACACAAUGUGAAAACCUUUGUUUAUUCAGCACUAAAAUAGAGCAAACAGAUUGAUGUAACAUAAAUCACACUUUUGAAUUUUUAUUUUCUUUUUUGACAAAUGCUGCAUAAAUUAGAACGUCAGGUAUAUGUGACUUUUCUGGCUAAAUUUAUUUCUUGUUUGCACAUUGAUUUCUUGUUUGCGCUUGAAUUUCGCACAGAAGCAGUAUUUCACAAUGCAUGCAUUUUAAUAUCAUGUUUGGGUGCAUUAUUUGCUUGUUUUAUGCAGAGAAUAUCAGAAGUACGUGGCAUCUGCUGUGAUGCCAGACAGAAAAGAAAGUGCAUUUCUCAGAAACAGGAUGGUGGUGCCAUCUGUCACUAUAAUGGCAAAAUAUGGCAUGGGCCAUGUUUCAUGCUACGUGACAGAUGCCACUAUUUUGUUGCAACCAAGUCUUUCCUUCUGUUGUCUGGUAAUGCUACAGACGUGUCAUUUUGGUUUUAUUCUUAGCCGGAAGGCUCACAUAUACCCAGCGCUCUUAUUCACACAACGUUCAGCAUUUUCAUACUGCCUGAGGAUAGACACUAGCUUUGUCUGUUACGCCAGUAGCUGUGUGGGCACCAGCUUUGAGAAAUAAAUGGAAACAUUCUUAGGGAAAGUCAUUCUUGCCAGUGCCUGAGUUCUUGCAUGACAAAGGCUGUGAGAAGUCGAGAAAUUCUUCUGGUUACUGAGCAUUGCUGGUGUUGACAUACACAUUACAGAACGAAGGGCUUGACUGCACAGAUAUUUUCAUGGCCAGAUAUGUGUCUACUUGCACUCUGGCAAUUGUGGGUAUUAUGGGAACAGUGUUAAGCCCUGGGGUCAGUACAAGCAGACAUGUACGUAUCAUAUCACUGUUCUUAAGACAAAGGACUCAGAAUUCCAUUGAGUGUGCAGAACACAGAAACCUGCCGCAUUUGGUGUAAGUAGCUUCCUUGGCUGAAGCUUGAUGUGUGAAGUAGUAAGAUCGCAACACAGUACGAGCACUGCAGUUGCCAGGUCUUUGUUUGUUAAUGAGCGUGUUGAGGUAGCGUGCUAAACUUUGGCUGUCCCCUGCGUGCUAGCUAGUUCUUGCAGAGAAACUCAUUUUGCAAACAUCUGUUUGCACUUGCAAAAAAACUUGAGACUCCUGCGUGUAGAUGUUUGCUCACAAUUUGUGAGCGGUGACUGGCGUAAAGGUUGUGGGCCAUGUGUGUGCGAGCGGUUCCCUAGGUCUGUGCUUUCCUCACAUAGAGUGAUAUUUGCUUUUCAAUGCCCUCAAUUCUGCAAUCUUACAAGUCUCACUGUGCCUUUGUCCUAAGGGUGCCGCACUAGGCAUACAUGCUUGUCUUGAAAUACUGCUGGUAUGGCAGGUGCUUUGUCAGGUCUGUGAGGCUUGGUUCGCAUUUCUGAGCAUUUGCCUCAUGAUAAGCAUAUUCGGUGGAUAGUGCGACAAUGUCUGCUUCCAGGUGUUCAAACCUCCGGCCACCACUCGGUGCAAAACAGUUAACUUGUAUGUAACACAGUUGAGUUUAUCCACUGGCUAUGCAUGAAAGUGAAAACUUUAUGAUGCAAUAUUCAGUGGUGUUUGAUUUUUUUAUAUUACUGCAGCGAAGUAUAAUAGUUAUGAAGUGUCCUGGCUCGAUCUAUGUUACCUGGCAGUAAUAUUGUUCGAAGGCAACAUGUGGUAUUCUGUGCACGGUAGCUAUACAGGUAAAGCUAGCUGCAAAUGCUGAGCAACACAUUGUUUUCUCUGUGCUUGCAUGUCUGCAUUAGAAGCAUGAUGGUAGCAUUUUACUCUUUAGCAGUGUAAUUUCUCAUGUCCCCAACAAUGUAAUUGUCGGUGCACUGCAGAUUCAGAAUAAUUGAAAAUAGCCAAGUGCCACGUGUUGGGACCUCAGCAAAGCAGUCAACCUUUAUCUGUUCAAACUUGCGUCGGUGAAAGACUGUAGAUUUUUUUAAUUACUGUAUUGCAUUUUUCACUUACAAAGAAAAAGUAUAUUUUGUGCACUGUUCUUUCGUACUGCAAAUUAAGUUAAGCACAUAACUCAAGGAAAUGAGGCUUUGUUGGAUGGUUCUUCUCAGUUGCUUCAAGCAUUUGAAUACGUAGAUUCAAGAUGUGUUCUGAAAUAAGUUGUCUGUUCAAGAAGGCAUUGCUAAUGGCAAGACUAAAGACAAAGUAGUAUUCUGUAUAUGCUACAUCUUGGUUUUGUCAACCCUCUACAAAUGUCUUUUUUCAGCUGCUCUUGGCCGCAGAGGCCACAUAUCUUUGGUACCGCAUGGGCCAAGCAAGCAGGAAGCUUCAGUUUACUGAAAGCCCUAUUCGAAUUAACCAUUAAGAAUACAUUGGAAGCAUUGUUGACUAACCAAAAUUUUUAUUUGUUCAAUAUCAUCAAAAUAACGUGCCAUUUAAGCUUGGAUUAUCAAAAGUGAACUGUUUUACAGGGGCAGUGCAUUUGUUCAUUCUUGAAAAGAGAUAUUUUGUGUGCUUGCAGAAACAUGCCAACUGAAACAUAACACGUCUAUGCAUGCCACAUGAAUGGUUGUACACUACUUUCUGUUGUGUGCGGAUGUGUUGUUACACAUCUGGCAUUAUAUACAGCAGUUCUUUUUCUUCCCUACAUUUUAUUACGAGAUUUUUGGCUGCAAGAAAAGUUGCGUGAUGAACACGUGACCCUGCUUUCGAGAGUUGUGUUUUGUGCACUGAUGUGCCUCGGUGCCUUUUAUUGGGUUGUUUCAUUUUAGGCAACUCAGCACAGUUGGUGCAGCUUAACCAAUUCCUGACGUUAGAUCUUCAAUGCUGCCAAUGCAAUUUGCUAUAUUCAAAUUCCAGAGUAUUCUAAUACAAGCUUGAAUAAAUGUGUUGUUUGUUAAAUUUCUUUAAUUUUUCAGCGUGUUCUGUAGGGGCACUGCAAAUGCCUCAGCACCUCUAGUCGCAGACAAUGUUUGUAUGUUGUCAGCUGCUCUUUAUUGAACUGCCACUAGGCAGCGCUAUUGAACUCACUGAUGCAUGACGGAAUUGAAACUAAGAAUGAUGCUGCAUUCGUAGCUUUUCACCUGUGAGGUCUAGCAUUUAUUCAAAUUUCCAUUGCUGAACAGUCUGAGUACCAUAAUAUCCCGAGUCAUCACUCACGUCUUUUGUGAACAUAAUUGACCAAAGAAGGGGUAUGCAGGCAGUCUCUUUGUCUACAGGCAGAUUAUGUUCAUAUGCCAAGGAUGAAUUGCCAAGAUUGGCCUGUAAUUGAUAUGCUUUAUCAGGGUUUACCAGCAUUGUUCAAGCAAAAUUGUAUCCAAACUUCGUUCCCGUCAAAGCAGUCAAAGGAGGCACUGCAUUCUUAAUGAAGUAACUACAGGCGUGGUCUUGUAAGCUUCCUUUAUUCCUUAACGGCUGUGACACAAGUGGUUUCACGAAGCCCAAGUGCAGUAUGUACACUUUAACACUUUGUCACGGUGUCUCUUUAUUUUUGAAUGUUCCGACAAGUUGAUGACAAGAAAGAAUUCUUGAACAUGGCACCUGAAUGUAAACACAACCCUCUGCUAACCAAAACCAAUGUCAUAGGUUACUUUAGCACAGAGAGUAAUGCAAAAGAAAGGUAAUUUAAGAAAUGCACUCUCAGGUUUGAUGAGAAGGUUGACAAGUUGCUAUGCACGACUGCUGUUAAAUCACGUUCUUUCUUGCAUCAGAAAGCCUCCAAUUCAACAAUAACUGCCGCAUAUGCUUGUAACAAAUAUUUCAGUCAUGUUGAAGAUAGUGCAUCAUCUAUAAUAUGUCCAUAUCUGUAAUCAAUUAAUUUUUGUACUUGUGAAGACUGGCCUGUAGUGACAAACAUUAAUACUUCAGGUUAGUACUUCUUUAUACACAGAUUGUGUCAUAUUUCCAAAUAUAUGUUGGAGUGCUUAAGGCUGCUCAGUUGUAAUUUGUGACUGAGAUGAUUAGGAACACGUAAAUAAAAAGUGUCACUCAACUGCUGCCUAAAUGUGUAUGGGUGUAGCUGUGGCAGUGCACUUGCAAAUCAUGAGUUCUGUGUGGCUUUUGAGGUGGACCACAUCUGGGUGUAUUUUGCAGAAUUUGUAUUUUAAAAUAAAAGGGUUAUGAGCCAUGACUCGGGAUAUUAUAGUAAAUUUUAUCGUGCACUGUCCUGGAGAUGUUCAUAGUGGCAGAAGCUACAUUCAUUUUUGAAGAAUACUGCUUGUUUUCAGCGUAAAAUGCACCGAACAUGUUGGUCACAGUGUCUCAUUCCACUAUUCUGUGCUUGUAGCGAGUUGCAAGUUAAAUCGAGAGAGGGCUUGAUUGCUUAGUUGAGAGCACUACACGUAGCAAGUCUGUGGUGGUCAUAACCUAUGUGGCAAGCAACUAGCAUCUGCAUCAUAUUUAAAGUGUGCUUUGUUGACUGUAGCUCUUAAACCCAAUUAGCUCCAGAUCACUUGGCCACCGUUGAUCCGUGAUCAAAGGUCACCUGUGCUUUGCUACAAGUGUGCUUCAAGAAGCUUAAACGAUAAAGUCCUCACCUUUAGUGCCAUUGCAAGUAUGCAAGUUUGUGCUCGUUGUAAGCUGGAUACUCGGCUAGUGUUCUGCAAACAACCACUUCAAUACUUUUUUCUUGAUAUCCAUUGCCAACUAUAGCAAGUCAGCCAAGCUUGCUGUUUGGCUUGGGAUUUCACAAUGAUACUGCUUUUGUUUGCUAGAUUAUUUUGAUGGGUUUGCAAGACAUAUGUGUGCAUCAACUAUUACGAUCUAAACUGGGCAUGGAUGUGUAAGGUGAUAAAUUGCUGAAGUUGCCAACACUCAAUUAAAGUAUACUUAGUGAUCUAAUUAUCUAUGCUGUUUGCAGGCUAAUGAUUUUUGCAAUGUAUAGUGAAAUGGUUCCUGGUUUUGAGGGAUUACAGGUAUUGAAUUCCUAAUUGAGGCUAGAAGCUUGCUAUGCUCGUCUUGAGUCUUGUUCAAGCUGCUAGGUAGUAGAUCCAUCGGUGGAACUCUAUGGAUCUGUGGGCUGUCAUAUGUUUUGAUGGAAAACUCCACAAUAACAGAAGUGAGUUCUUGCGUGGCAUGUGCACUUCUUAAAUUUCUCACAGCUGCUGCUUUUGCGUUGAUUAUAUUUGUUUCUGCAAUUUGUUUUUGCACUUUUCAUAGUUUUGAUGGUAAGCUUCAGCAAGCAGCAUGAAUUACUCUGACUGUGCAUUGCUUGCUGUGCAAUGUUUUCUUUCUUCCAGCUUGUGUGAUGCAGAUUUUAGAAGCACAUUGACUUUAACUGACUGAAUCUACAGUAGUCCAACUGUCUUAGCACUGACUGCUAAUCGUCAGAAUUCUCGGUGAGCCAACUACUAUGCUCAGUUUGGUAAUGAAUUAAGAUCUUUGCCUUACCCUUUUUGUAAUACUAAUUUCUGCGGGAGUAAAGCCCAGUCAUGUGGUCUCAUUUGAAUCUACACCUCACUAGUUCUACUUUGGAAACCCGCUGUUUUGCAGAAAGUGCUGUCAGAAGAGCUUGUUGGAAAGCCGUACACUUGGCUGCCUUUCCCAUUUUAUAUAUUGUUUGAUGAGCGGACAGAUGGUAUAAAUCUUCACUAUUCACUUUUAACCCUUUGAGGGUCGAUUUUUUUCGCCACAUGCGACCACUCAGGGUCGGUUUUUUUUAUUGCACAUUUAAAUUCUUCAGAGGGAGCUAUUUCGAAAAAAAAUUACUGUAAUUUUUCUAGGCUGACCGUUAAGUGAGAAAAAAAUGUUUGGCGUUGGCAUAUAUGGACUGUUUAUUCAAGAAAAACAAUAAAAAUAGCAAAUAAAGUUAUAAGAUUUUCAAAAAAUUGGCGCAUUGUUAUACACAAUGUGCACACGAGAAAAAUACACAAGAAGAAUGCGCGCACGAAAAUUUUUUGCAAGUCUCAAAUGUUCCUUUUGCACUAAUACUUCUUCAGCGUGUGGUAUUUCUUGAAGCAUGGCUCCACGCAGAGCGGUUUGUUGCACUCAGCGCGCAUGUACCUUGUAUGGUAUGAAGGACUUUAUUUAGGUCCUGAGGGAUCAGUCUGUCCUCGCGAUGUUUUUGCUGCCGAGUGGUGUUGGCGCAGACAUGGCACCUCCUCUGGGUACUGCUUCCCUGAGCAGACGUGGGAGGCAACUUCGGAAUAAAGGGCCAAAAAAGGAAACGCAUGCACGGCAGCAUCCUUCGUAUGCGGACCCCUGUGAGCAACAACCGAGCGGGUAAAGGCGCGCUCACACUAGCGGGAAAGCGCGCAACGCAGAACGUUUCCCGCACGCCGCUUCCCGCACAAACCGGUUUUUCUCCCGCAGACAGGCUGCUCUGCCGUCCCGCAGAGCGAUGGGUCGGGUACCUAUUUUUGCCGUGCCGCUGACGAGAACAGCCAAUGGGGGCCGACCGUGAACCGUGACGUCGGUCCCUGUUCAGUGACCCCGUCGGCGGAGGCAGGAGGCUGCGCGCGUGCUGCGGGACACUCGGCUGUUGCUCGGCGCGCUGUCCUGUGUGUUCCUGCCUCGUUAGGGUCCUCCCUCAACGCCUCCUCUCUCUACAUCCCAAGAACCGCAGCGAGAAAACGCGGGCAGUGUGAUCGUCAUUCCGAGCAGCUGCGACGCAGCGGCGUCGUUUACGCUGUGCCGCUGCGGGAAGUCUCCCGCUAGUGUGAGCGCGCCUUAACAGGCGGUCACCCUUUGAGUGACAAGAACGAAAUAGCCAUCAGUUUUGCGAGCAAAAGAAGCCGAAACCGCGUGCGGAACAAAACCGAAACUAACCGCCGCGCGCCCGCGAGCGCGCCAAUGCGCAAGUGGUAGCAGACGCGCCGGAGCAAGAAAAAAAGUAUAGAACGAAAACUGAAAGAGAGAGACGCGAGAAAAAAAUUUCAUGUAUUCCCACAUAGUAGCACCACAUGCCAGGCAAGAAAAAGUUAGGAAAUUAGCGCGCGUUUUAAACGUACAGACGGCGCCGUAAAUAUACGGCUUCGACCAUUUUCGGACCUGUUCGCGGCGCCGUAUAUUUACGGCAUCGACCUUCCAUGGGUUAAAAGCCAUUCUGAGUGAUCAGAAGUACUAUGGUUAAUAUUCUAACAAUUUCCUUUUAUUGAAACUUGUUGAUCACAUCUGGGCAUUAAAGUGAAAUGGCGAAGCUGCCAGCUUCGGCAUUUCUGUCAAUGUUUCAGUGAUCUGUUUUGUAAUUUCUAGCCUAGCAGCUGUGAAUACUACUUACUGGCUUGUAUACUGCUAAUGUUAUGGCUGUUAUCGCUCCACCUUUUUUUUUCUUUCUUUCUCUGUGCUGGUUGAGCUACUGGCAGUACAUGAUCACUAUGUUGCAAGUUUUAUUGAAAGGAUUUGAAGUGUCUUUGUGUGGUGAACUUUGACAAAUUAAUGAUACAUUUGUGCAUACUGAACCAACAGCACAGGCAACAGGACUACGAGAAGUUUGUUCACUAUGUGUAUGUUCAACCAACUAACCCAAAUUGGCACUUUUGUACUGCACAGUUUUGAUCUCUCUGCUUAUUGAAUUGGAUUAGCAUAAGGUGCUCGUAAGCCAUGUUCAGUUACUCUGAUACUUAACUAUACCAGGAGAUCAAAUUCUUGGCAUUGUUACUGUAUUUAACACGUUGAGAUAUUUCUUUUAAGCAGUAGUUGGAUUGCUGCUGUGUUUGAACAAGUCAUUGAGCCAAUCUUUGGCGAAGGUCUUGACAGUACUAUAGACGUUUGUAAAUUAAGGCAGCAAGAAUGUGCAUGCUUUCAUGUCCCUUGAUGUCAUACAAGACCAGGGCAAGCAUUCCUUGACCCCUUGUAUGGUCUGGUUGUUGACUGAAGAUAGACAAUGGCUUUGCUGAGGCCUUCGUAUUUCAUCUUUUUAGUUGUUUCCAUCUGUUGAUGGUGCGAAUGUGAGGCAACAUUUUGCAACUAGCCCAAGUUACUGUACUUUAAUUAGGGAUGCUGUGAUGUACAAAAUGUGCGUGUGUGGACAGCCGUAUUCAAGAACAAAGUGCAUGGCCUUGGUGGCCCGUACUGAUUGUUUUCAAAGUGUUCUGCCACUGCCAUCUCGUUGGCACAAGGCACCCACUUGUAUCAAGGUCUUCCCUCGGCACACCGUGCCAUAUGCGCAGCAGCUGCUGGAGUGCUCUCUUGCGUGCUCUGCGACUAUUGUUGCUAUUUUACACAAUAAAGUUUCUUUUGUAUGCUA